AUGUUCGGCAAGGCCCGCCCCGGCACCGGUGCCGUCAACGCCGCCAUGAUCUCGCGGGUCCGCCGGCAGUACGUCGACGACGGCGACGGCGAGCUUGUCUGGUUCUGGUACACCAAGGAGGGCGUCAUCAUCAAAUGGGUGGUCUUCCUCACCAUCAUCGUGCUGUUCGGCGGCUGGAUCGUCGGCGGGCGCAUCCACGCCAAGCGUCGCAUGCGGAAGGGUUUGAAGCCGAUGGCUUAUCAUGGGUGGCUCCUCUCCCGCCAGGAACGCGCGACGGUCGACCCGCAGUACGCCUGGCCGCAGGCCCAGUACCAGCCCGCGGGCCAGGGACCAGCGCCGGGCUACUACGGCAUGCAGCCGAUGCCGCCGCCCGUCUACGACCCGAACCACCGGCCGCCGAUGUACGAGGGCGACGGCGUGCCGCAGCAACAUUCCAAGGUCGAUCCCAGCCAGGCCGGACCUGGUGCCUACGGAAACGCGCCCGAGUAUUCGGCGCCGCCGGGACCGCCGCCCAGUGCUGCUUUUAGAUAG